ACUCAAAUCCAUUUGAUUGCAGUCACCAUCCAAACAAAAACUUUUUGUUUGACUCUAAAGCAGUCAGAAGAAAAACGUGCCCAGAAAUCUAUUAUAAUCCACAAAUACAUUCUUACAAUUCUAGACAUGCUUUUUGCAAAAAUACAGACCAGCCUUUGGCUUCCAGCAUUCUACCCCCAGAACUGUCUUCUACCUCUAACUCUUGCACUGAAAGAUGUCAAUCAUCAUCAUCAAUCAAACAUCAUGCUUCUCUUGAGCUCUGCAGAUCAUUUACCACUUCACCUUGUAGACACUGUGUAUAUACCCAGCAUGAGCCAGAGUGUAAAUCCAUUUUAUUUCAUUCAGAAAUGGCAGCUUCACACUUUGUGAAUACGGUUGAGGAUCCUUACUUUGUGAGCAGUUGUUCUCCUAGUUCAAAGCUAAAAACAAUUCGACCAGAUAUUUGUUCUCUGUGUUCUUUGCAGAAUUUAGAGAUCAAUUAUGAAGAAGAGGACCAUGAGGACCUAAAACAUAACGAAGAUCACAUUGACUUCACUGAAAGUGGAUUUGAUGAGGAAAUGCAAGAUGGUGAUAAUGUUAUCGAAACCCAAGAGUAUUCAGAAUUGCUAAAUAAAUGUCUUUUAAUUCAAGUUACUCCACCCUCAAGAGGUGCUUCCAAAGAAUAUAUUCUUGAGAAAAAUGUUUAUACUAAACACCCAAAUGAUUGUGUGCAAAAUUCUGUUUCACAGACAUCGGAAAUAUCUCAAUCAAAUUCAACAACACUUGAAAUGCCACAGAGGAAGAGAAGAGGAUCUGUUGUUACUGUCGUUACAGGGGACCUAGAGCAAAGAUUAUUAGUACAAGGAGAAAACAAAGCUGCCAGUGGUUCUAUUUCAUCUCAAGGACAUUGUGAAUUGCAUAAAGAUAUUCAACAAUCUCCAUUUGGACGAAGAAACUCUGUUUUAACACCUGUCUUAGAUGUUGAUGAACCAGAACUAGAAAACAAAUUACAUGGUUCUUUUGAGGAACAGAGUCAACCCACACUUAAGGAUAUUUCUUCCCAGACACAGUCUUUUGACCCUUUUUUAUCAGUGGAAAAUCAAAGCAACUUUGAGGACAUUCAAGAGACUGCUGGUAGAGUAGAUGGAUGUAGUGAUGUGAAUUUUCCAGCUGAUGACACAUCUCCGAGAAAUAGUUCUGACAGUGCAAUACCAGGAACCUCUUUUGAGUCAGGAGCUGGUCAACUUUCAUCCUUUAAAAAAUCAGAUUCUGAAGAAAAUGGAGUCAAACGUGCUGAAAGAAAAGACAAUCCUUGUGAGAAAUCUGAAACACCAAAGCAGUUUGAUAAAAAAGAUGCAAAACCAGAAUUUGUCAACAAACAUUUGAGAUUACCUAAGGAAUCAGUGCUCAAAGAAUCAAGGGUAUGUGAAAUUACCCAUGAAGAAGAUCGAUGGGCUAAGAAAAGAAAACAGUUUAAAGAAACCAAGAACUGCAAUUCAGCAGGAGGGAGUUCGGUGGCAAGCAUCAUCACAGAAGAAUCAGGAAACUCAGAAGAAACUCGCUCUGUGGAUCUGGGGGUGCGUUCGGACAGCAAGGAUAAAGGAUUAUACACAGAAAGCUUUCAUUCCACUUCAUGGCUCUUUAGAGGUGAUGACUGCAGCCCAAAUAACAGCCCUAGAUGCCUGAGUAAAAGGCCCAGAUCAGUAGCAAUUCGUGAACGUACUGUGCAAAUAGCCAAAGGGACAGGGGACUACCCUUGGGGAUUCCGAAUUCAGUUUUCAAAACCUAUUCUUGUAUCCGAGGUUGAUACAAAUGGUGCGGCUGAAGAGGCAGGGCUGCAGGUUGGUGACAUUGUAAUGGCUGUUAAUGGAACUGAUGUUACAAGUAUUCCACAUUCUGAAGCCGCAUGCCUAGCACGGCAAGAGAAAAGCUGCAGCUACAGAACAGUGCUGGCUGUGCUUUCAAAACGAGUCUCCCCCAUGUAUGGUCCAAAAAUAGGAAAUAUACAUCAGUUCUUUACUUUCGACAUUAAUCAUGGACCUGAUCUGUUGACUCUUGUGGUUGGAUCCGAUAUCAGUCGCUUUCCCACCACCCCGAGGCCAUCAUGUCGGGGAUAUCUACAUAAGAGAACUCACUCAGGCCUGUUGAAAGGCUGGAGGAAGCGAUGGUUUGUUCUGAAACACGAUGGCAGCCUACAGUACUAUAAGCGAAAAAAGGAUGAAGGAAAAUGUCGGCCUCUUGAGGUGACUAAGCUGGAAGGCUCAGAAAUUGGCAUGGAUAGCAGUCUGGGAAAACCAUUUGUGUUUAAAUGUGCCCCACAGUCUGGAAAUCGCAUCUUUUACUUUUGUGCAACCUCAAACCAAGAGAUGAAAAGGUGGCUUGAGGCAAUGGAUAAAGCAGUUCAUCCUCUUACUCAGAACCACGUGUGGGUAGAUGUUACAAUGCACAACCUCAGCCUGCCUCCCCUCGCCAUCAAAACCCCAGAGUGCCUGGGUCUCCUGCACCAGCUGGACAGAAUGAAAGACGUGUGGAUGCAGCACUACUGUAUUCUGAAAGAUGGCUGCUUGUAUUUCUAUUCUAGCAUUCGAUCGACCAGUGCCCUAGGUGGUAUCUACCUGCAGGGAUACACGGUAACUGAGCAGUCAUUUAAUUCCCGCCGCUGUCUAAUUGAGCUCAGACCUCCAUCAGAAGAAUUUAAAGCGUUCUAUUUGAGUGCUGGAAAUGCAGCCGAAAACAAACGCUGGAUUACGGCUUUGAAAAUGUCAAUCAAUAAGUGGUUACCCCUUCACCAAGCUAUUCAAAACUUCAUGAGCCGACCUCUGGAGGAGACCAGAAUGUGAAGAACAACAUGUGCAGAUGAUUUAGGACUGACUGGACACUUUAACAAUGGAAGGUUCUGAUGAAAAACCCGUUUAACAGUGAUGGUUUCAUAAUACACCGAUUAGAUUCACUGAUUUAUUUGUACAGAAACAGAUUUUUAAUAAGUGACCUAUGGUUAGAUCUGAUCUAAAA